UUUCCUACUUCCAAUUCAUAUAUUUACAUUUUAUAUUAAAAUUAAAUUAUAACCAUGGCGUACGUACAUUAUAAAAAAUAACGCUAAAAUAACCGAUGUGAAAAUUGAAGGAAAAGUUUGUCUAGGACCAACUUUUAUACCAUGCUAACAAAAAGAACCAUUCGACAAAAGAAGUAGAAGGGUCCGAAAAAACGAAGAAGAGUACUGAAAUGGAGAGCAGAAAUACGCGGACGGUGCAGUGCAGCUACUGCGGGAAGGAGCAGGCGGUGCCGCCGGGGGCGCGGGGGACCGUCUGGUGCACCUUCUGCAACGGGAGCAUCCGCGUCCGCCGCGGCCCCCCGGGCUUCGUCAAGCAGAUCAUGGCCAACAUCUCCAGCGGCAUCACCUCGGCGCUAUCCGGCUACGCGGCGGCGCCUGCGAACGCGUACCGCCCGCGGAGUUAUUCGCCGGAGCAGGGGAACAAGAAGAGGGCGGUGCUGAUCGGGAUAAGCUACGUGGGGAGGAGCUACGAGCUCAAGGGGACGGUGAACGACGUGAACUGCAUGAGUUAUUUGUUGUGCACUAAAUUCGGGUUCUCCAGAGAGUGGAUCCGUGUUCUAACUGAGGAAGAGCGCGAUCCGCGCAGGAUACCGACGAGGGAGAACGUGUGUGCGGCGAUGCGGUGGCUGGUGCAGGGCUGCUCGGCGGGGGACUCACUGGUGUUCCACUUCUCCGGGCACGGGGUGCAGAAGCUGGACAUGAACGGCGACGAGAGGGACGGCUUCGACGAGGCGCUCUGCCCCCUCGACUUCGAGGAGAACGGCGUAAUCCUCGACGACGAGAUCAACGCCACCAUUGUACGCCCCCUCCCCCGCAACGUCAAGCUCCACGCCGUCGUUGACGCCUGCCACAGCGGCACCAUCCUCGACCUCCCCUACCUCUGCCGCCUUUCCAGGACAGGGUCUUAUCAAUGGGAGGAUCAUAGCCCACCAUCAGGGGAAUACAAAGGCACAAGCGGAGGCCUCGCGAUUCUGAUCAGCGGUUGCGACGAUCAUCAAACAUCUGCGGACACUUCUGCGUUCGCGCGUUCGACAUCGACCGGGGCAAUGACUUACAGUUUCAUUCAAGCCGUGGAGUCCGAUCAGGCAAACACUUACGGGAACUUGCUCACCGCCAUGAGGUUGAGCAUUCGCAAUGGGCUCACGCUCGCUGGAAUCAGCGGCCCGUUAGCUUCUCUCUUUCGGAGAGUUAUCACUUUCAGCAGUACACAGGAACCUCAGCUAUCUUCGUCCGAAACGUUCAACAUUUACGAGAGGCCAUUUUGCUUGUAAUAUUACAGAAGAAAGUAUGAAAUCAGAUCAAGUAUCAGUAAAGUUUUGACCAGCUAGUGAUUCCCUGUUAUUCAGCAUACAACUUGUGCAACAACUAACAUGUGGUUUGCCAAAAAUUAUGUUCUUCUUCUUCUUCUUCUUUGUUUUCACUAUGACAUCUGAACCAAGCCUCUAUGUGUGUUUGCUUUUCUAUUACUGUAAUGGUAGUGAAAUUAUCUCUAAAUUAUGCUUGUGUAAAUCUGUAAUUUUCGAACUGAGCAUCUUAUUUGAGAUAUGUAAAAGGUAAUAAAUUUUACUUAGGCCC